UGGGAGUGAUGCGUGUAGAGACAGACGCUCAUUUUGUUAGCUGUCAAAAAGCUCUCCCAAAGCUUUAGCAGUGCCCUGUUUCUUAUGUUUUGCACUGAAAGAAUCAUGACAGACCAGUGAUUUAAGCUGCUGCUAUAACUGACAUCUAUUUCAGGUUAAUUUUUUCCACAAUCUUUCACCACCUACAUUAUUCUACACUGAAAAACUCGGGACAUCUUGCGCAAUCUAUCUAAAAACUGAAUGCCUGUAAACUCACUGCUGCAUGACAAGCCCCAAAGCAAACAUAGACAGUAUGUAUCAUUAACCUCCACUUCUCCAAGUCAAAUAUAGAAGAGUCCUGCUGCUACCUCACUGCUGAUGGCGACUGCAUUUGGACUGCUGUUUGCUUCAGUGCUGAUCGUCAUCUUUUCAGCAAGCAUGGAAUUUUCUGUGAAGGAAAAGAUAUAACUUUUUCUGGGUUGCUGAAGUUAUGUGGAUGCCACUUCUGUACAAAUUAAAUACAUGCUUUAUAACCAAACAUAGGAUAUACUGGACAAUUCAAAGAGUAAUGAAACCAUUGACUUUAUAGAAUAUGUUUUUUACCAUAACCAAAGACAUAGAUUGAACAAGUACUGUAAUUCCUCCUUGAUAAGACUGAAAUGGGUGGAGAGGCUGCAGACAUGGACCCUUUGGAGAAAAGGAGAGAGCUCAAAGUGACCACUGAAGGCAGAGAGAAUGAAGAGGUCAAGGUGCAGAGGCGAGCGGUCAUCCCACGGCACCGCUGGGUCAUGAACGGGGCAGUCAUGUUUGGACGUGAGUUUUGCUACGCUAUGGAAACGGCCCUCGUGACUCCAGUACUGUUACGCAUUGGUUUACCCGAGCAGUACUACAGUCUGACCUGGUUCCUCAGUCCUGUCCUAGGUCUGUUCUUCACUCCUCUGAUUGGCUCCACCAGUGACCGCUGCACUCUGCGAUGGGGACGCAGACGACCCUUCAUUUUGGCUCUGUGUGUGGGGGUGCUGCUCGGAGUGGCUCUGUUCUUAAAUGGAGCAUUGAUAGGUCUCUCUGUUGGUGAUACUGCCGGCAGCCAGCCCAUUGGAAUAGCACUGACCGUCAUAGGGGUCAUAGUGCUGGACUUCUGUGCUGACGCUGCAGAUGGACCAAUCAGAGCUUACCUUCUGGAUGUGGCUGAUACAGAGGAGCAAGAUAUGGCCCUGAAUAUUCAUGCAUUUUCUGCCGGUCUUGGUGGAGCCGUGGGCUAUAUGCUGGGAGGUCUGGACUGGACAGGCACAGCUUUGGGUCAGGCUUUUAAAGCCCAGGAGCAGGUUCUGUUCAUGUUCACGGCUGUAGUCUUUAUCAUAUCAGUCACACUGCACAUGUUCAGUAUUCCAGAGCAGCCCAUCUCGCCACGAGUGCCUGGAGUCUCACAAAAUCCUGAUUCUACCUCACAGUCAUCUCUUAGGCCAGUAGACCACACUACACCUAUGCUUGAUGCCAUCGCGGAAGAAAGUUCAAGCCAAGACGACAGCCAAUCAGAUUCUGACAAAGAGGAAAUGGAUUUGCUUGGUGUGGACAGAGUGAGGAGUAAAAGUGAUUCUGUUUUAGCCAUGCCCGAUGCUACGAUCGACCUAGAUCCUGAUCUCCAUCCAGACAAUCAGCACUUCUUGGCGGAGGUGGACCUUUUGCCAGAAGUACAAGAAGACCUAGAAGAUGUUUUUAGCCCUGUUGAGGGGAACUGUGACACUUCCUUGCUUCAUGAGCCUGAGUAUCCAGUAACUUGUAACAAUGAUUCCAUGAAUGGCUCUGCCUGCAGCCAGCACCUUCGGACUGCCUCCAUGGAGAGUAAAUCACCAGUAAAAGUAACAAAUUGCUCCAGUAAUGGUUUGUCACCACCCAACAUCCGAAAAAGCGUUGGUUCUCCUAAGCUGGGAAGUCGCCUGUCGUGUAGACCCACCUUCUACAGACAGCCUUCUUUCACAUUUUCCUACUACGGACGUGUGGGAUCACAACGGUACAGGCUGAAAAGAAAUACAGCCACCCCUUCUAGUCCUCGUAAAAUCACUUCGUCCCGCAGUCUGAGUGACCUCUCAGAGCUCCAGAAAGAGGCGCAGGAGAGGGAGAGGAAGUUCUCCAUGAGCAGUCUCUCCUCAGAGGAAUCCAGCACUGCGUCCGAAGAUGAAGAGGGCACUACUUUACGCCUGCUGUGGCUGUCCAUGCUCAAGAUGCCAACACAGCUAUGGAGGCUGUGUAUUUGUCAUCUGCUCACAUGGUUUGCUUAUAUCGCUGAGGCUGUGUUCUUUACAGACUUUAUGGGGCAGGUCAUCUUUCAAGGAGACCCCAUAGCACCGGUCAAUUCCACAGAACAACAGAAUUAUCUGAGUGGAGUACAGAUGGGCUGCUGGGGGUUGGUUGUAUAUGCUGCUACUUCUGCAAUUUGUUCAGCAAUCCUUCAGAAGUACCUUGACCAUUUUGACCUGAGUAUUAAGAUUAUCUACAUUGUUGGGACUCUUUCUUUCUCAGUAGGAACAGCAGUGAUGGCCACCUUUCCUAAUGUUUAUGUUGCCUUAGUGAUGAUCAGUACUAUGGGUGUGAUCUCCAUGAGUAUCUCUUAUUGCCCCUAUGCGUUACUGGGGCAGUACCAUGAAAUCAAAGAAUACAUUCACCACAGUCCAGCCAACACAAGAAGAGGCUUUGGAAUUGACUGUGCCAUAUUAUCCUGCCAAGUUUAUAUCAGUCAGAUCCUUGUUGCCUCUGCGCUGGGGGCAGUGGUAGAUGCUGUGGGCUCAGUGCGUGUCAUUCCUGUAGUAGCCUCUGGGGGCUCUUUUCUGGGCUUCCUCACGGCCUGCUUUCUGGUUAUUUAUCCUGAUGUGGAGCCCAGCAGCUCGGAGCAGAACCAGGAAGUGUCUGAAGAGAAGGAACUAAAUGGAGAACAAAGACAAGCAUUGCUGGAUCUCACAAAUCAUGAAGGUGCAAACAAAACACAGACUGAAGAGACUGCUGCUUAAGUCUUUUUUACUGACCUUUUAAACAUUUUUAAAGAUCAACUGAACAAAAGGGCUCAUGGAGCAGGGCUGAAAAAGUAAUUUUGUACUUUUGGUUCUGCUUAAUUUACUAUCUGCUACCUCAGAAAAUACUGUUUUGGUUGAACACAGUUUGUGACAUACUUGAGGUGCACACAUGUACUUAAUGUGUAAUGUGGAAAGUUGCCAAUAAUUUUGAUUAUUAGGACAUAUAUUUCUUUUGUAGUUUUUCAGUGUCUUUGUUGUAGAUAACUGCAACAAUUUUCUCCUAAUAUGAUUCCACAUUAUUGCCUUUAUCUGCAGUGCACUUGUGACUUUAUUUGGUAGAGAUAUUUUUUUUACAUUAGCAGGGUUGAGCUGACUUUUUAUACAUUUGCCAAUGAAACUGUUUCUGUUUGCACUUUACACUGAAAUCAUCAGAAUAUGGGACAUUUAAAUUUUUACAGAUUUUCUAAACUUUUUAAAGGCAUUAUUUUGGAGGGGAAGGGGGUUUGUGAGCUGCUUGUCUCCAUCAAUGUAAAAGCGUGUCAUGAAAGUCAGAGUGUGACAUUACACUCACCUUGCAUUAUAUGCAUUGAUAGUGUUUGUCAUUGCUAAAAUAAAAAUACAUCGAAAAACAUGCAUUCUGACCUUCCUGUCUCCAUAAAGAUGGAUAAAUUGAAUGCAAUGCUUUGAAACAUACUUGGCAAAGCAAUAAGUUGAAUGGAGAUGAGCAGAGGAUCUUUGGGGAUGGGGUUUAUACUUUUUUAAGACCAAACAUUAAUAGCAGACUUGAAAAAUAUUUUAUACGCCUUUGCAAGACAGUUUGAUGAAAAAUAAUACACGUGAUAUAUUAAAACAAGAAAUCUGU